AUGGCGCCGUCGCGCCCGCUCAUGCGGGGGAUCCGCCCGCCGCGCGUCUUCCCGACCCGCGGCGGCCGCGCCUCGCCGUACGCCGUCGCGCUCACCGCCCUGCUCAUUGUCUCCGCCGCCCUCCUCGCGCUCAUCGCCUUCGGCGUCUUCUCGCUCCCCGUGUCCGCGCCCAACGCCGCCACUACCGCCGCCGGCGCUGCCGGAGGGGAGACCGAGUCCGCCGACGCCCGACCCGCGCGCCCCCGCGCCCGCCGCGACCUGGGGGAAGGGCUGGGAGAGCGCGGCGCGCAGUGGACCGAGGUCAUCUCAUGGGAGCCCAGGGCUUUCGUCUACCACAACUUCCUGUCUAAGGAAGAGUGUGAGUACCUAAUUGGAUUGGCCAAGCCUCACAUGGUGAAAUCAACAGUUGUCGACAGCACUACCGGCAAAAGCAAGGACAGCAGGGUCCGGACAAGUUCAGGCAUGUUUCUUCAAAGAGGAAGAGACAAGGUUAUUCGAGCAAUUGAAAAGAGGAUAGCAGACUACACCUUCAUACCUGUAGAUCAUGGUGAGGGACUCCAGGUGCUGCAUUAUGAAGUCGGGCAGAAGUAUGAGCCUCACUUUGAUUAUUUUCUUGAUGAGUUCAACACUAAGAAUGGUGGUCAGAGGAUGGCUACUCUUCUGAUGUAUCUAUCAGAUGUUGAAGAAGGGGGUGAGACUAUUUUCCCUGAUGCAAAUGUGAACGCCAGUUCUUUACCAUGGUACAAUGAGCUUUCAGAGUGUGCCAAAAGAGGCCUUUCUGUCAAACCAAAGAUGGGAGAUGCACUUCUUUUCUGGAGCAUGAAACCAGAUGCCACUCUGGACCCAUUAAGUUUGCAUGGGGGGUGUCCUGUGAUUAGAGGAAAUAAAUGGUCGUCAACCAAGUGGAUGCAUAUCCAUGAGUACAAAGCUUGA